ACAGUCUAGCUGUCACGCGAGGCCAUUAAACAACAGGUUGCAUCAGGUCCACUGGAUUUUUGCUUUACAUUCGAAAAUAAGUAGAGAAACUUAUUCAGCAUCAUAGCCGAACAUGGGGACGAUACCAAAAGGCUCUACAUACAUCAAAACGGUUCCUUUUUUCUUGAAGAUAUCAGCAUUUAUUGUGCUGUUGGUUGGCAUCGGCACACUGGGGCGAUUUUUGGACAAAGUAGAUAAAGGUAACAUUCUCGAAUCUUAUGGAGGAAAAGCUCGCUUAGAGUUUGGAAUGUCUGCCCUUGUCGUCUCCUGGGUUGCUGUCAUCGUAAUGAUCGUUGUUUUUGUUAGUGGAUUGCAUGAGAAAAUUACUGCCAUUAACUGGCCUUUGACGGUGCUCAUCAACAUGAUAUUAUGGGCUGCAGUACUGCUGGUAGCCUGUGGUCUCUUGGCUUACACUGUUUACAAGUAUGAAACUGAAAAGACAUUAUUUUUGUUCACAUUUUGUGAUACGCUGAAAAGGGCGAAAAAUUUUGAUGCAAACUGCAGCCAUCUUUAUGUCGCUACGGCUUGCUGUUUCAUUGCAGCCAAAAUAUUUGCAAUUGAUGCUAAGUUUAACUACAAGUUGUACAAGGACAACGCGUCUCCUGCUCCGGCACCUUCAACUCAAGGAAAAUAAAGCUAAUUAUAAUUUACUUUCUCCUGUGGUUGUACUAAAACUUUACUUUUGCCAUUUUUUUAUAGAAAUAUAGACUGCUUCACGUCAUCAUAUAUACACACUGACUAUACAGUGUCGUUUAACAUACUCAAAACUUUCUCCUUCAUGUAACAGUAGAUGUUUUAGUGCUUUUGUUGUUGGUUUUUUUUCAUAAAAUGUGCUCAUUCUGAUAA